CGUACAAGUACAGCUUGGGUUUGUGCUAGGAUAAUUCAUUUAUCUUUCCCUACCCCGUGCCUAGGGUUGUCCAUCAAGUGGGUUUUAGUAUAGCUGUUUCAUCAUGCUAGGUACAGGGGUAGCCAUACUUGUUGCGUGCUAGCAGUAGCGUAAAAUGUUUAUGUUGAAAAUAUAAACAACAAUGACAUCAAGCAGGAAACUCGAUCGAUGAUGAAAAUGCCCGCCAGCUGUAGCUCCCCCACCAACUACACCGGCCAUGACGUCUUUUCCUUCGCAAGAAAAGAAGCAGAAAGCCAAGUCGCCUCCGAAGGGCACUGCGAAUUAUUCAACCUUUCGCGGCCGGAAGGAGGACACCACUACUGCGGCUUCCGGCAGGUCGUUGGACGACGCAGAUCAUGAUGGUCAUCUUCUCGAGGGCCGGAUGCUGGAAAAGUACUUGGCUCGAGACCAGGAUCAGAAUGAACAACCUCGCGACGCAACCAAUGGCGACGAGGGUACAAGAGGUAUGGAAGAGCGACCCACGCUCGCUGUGCCAACUUCUUCCACGAAACUGCCCUUUUCUCCGAAACAGAAAAGUAGACAUCAAGUGAAGGUGAACAACAGCGGUCGAUUGCAGGAGAACACGAAUGAUACGUCGGAUAGAAUGUUAGGGCAAAGAACAGAUGGCCCAAGAACAGGACCACCUUUUGAGGACUCAAACUCUUCAACACCUGGUACAACUAGUGGCACCGGCCCUGGUCGUCGUGCCGCACCUCUAGGUCGUGUUGAUGGAGAACCAGAACCACCAGAAAUAUCUGCCCAUACCUACCCCGACGACGACUAUCCACAGCAGAUUCACACGACGCCUGUCACGGAAAACGACACCGAUAAUAGCUACUUUGAUUGGUUCGGCGGUGCGACGACCAGUAGUGCGCAAUUGAGUCAAAGCGCUGCUGCGUCUGGUAGUGAAGAUCCAGCGUCUAGUAGUCUUUUGCUUUUCCCGUACAGCCGGAAUAAUAAUUACCCGCCUGACCCUACAACCAUAGAUGAAAACAAGGAGGACGUGGUUGCCGCGGCGGCGGACGACCUGCAAAACCGGCCGAUCCACCGGCCAGCCCACGAGCAGACAAAUGAAACGGGCGGCAGCUCGUCGCACAUGUGGGACACGGUUACCACCUUGCUCUCCAUGCUGUCCAAUCGACGACACGGGGCGCAGGACUUCUUCUCCUUUCUCGACCCUUCCGUGAUGUGGCGGCUGCGGGACGUGCACUCGCAGCUGUACGAAAAGCAGUUCGAUAACGCAGCGGUGUUGCGGGAAAAGUCGAUCCUCAUCGAGACCAUGAUAUCCUAAGUAAAAACGUCCCCGACCCAGAGUUGUCAUGCAAAUGCCCAAUGACAGGGACAUUUGUAAUGCGCAGCUCCAUGAGAGGCAUUUCCAGUCGUGUUUUGGCAUUUGUACUGCUGUAAACAGGAUGAGAAAUCACGAAGCUUCCCUUGCUAACCACCACUACACUGCAGAUGGAAACUUGUCAUGCACAGCUCCCAAAGUCUGGAGAUUUGUUUAGCAGGUUUCCCAUCUUGACUAGGGGGCCGGGACGUUUUUGCUCAGGAUACAUGAUCGCCUGUCUCUACAUGCGGGCUGUGUACGGUGUGCCGAUGUACGAGGGGUAUGUGGACAGUGCGGCAACGUGGGUUAUUGUGGGGAAAAAUCUCCCCUCCCCAUACCGAAACGAAAAUUUGUGAUGCAGAUUUGUUGUCACAACUCAGCUUCGUCAUGCUAGAAGGGAAAAGAUGCGGGCUGUCGGGCUGGUUGGCAUGGGGAAGCCUUGCGUCUUCAGCAUGACAGGAGGCGGCUGGAAGUGGGAAACAGCAUGACAAAUUUCCUGCAAACGAGGCCACGACUGCGGCUCUUGGCCUUCUGGCAUUACAAGUCGAUUUGUGUACUCAAAUACAGCAUCACAAACUCCGUUUGCAAUAUGGGGAGGGUGGAUUUUUCCUUACGAUACGGGUGGCCGGGGCGUUCAUGAAGGUGAACAUGGACCAACUGGAAAACGAGGUGCUGAACCAAAAGGCCUUCCUCGCCCUCGUGGGCGCGAAGCAAGACAGCGCGCAGUGGCAGAGGAAGAAAAGAAUAGAACCGAGUUCGGAAGUGACGACGUCCUCGCAGCUUCCAUCUGGAUUUGUAGAUGGGCAAGAACUUCUACCGGGAGCAGAGCAGAAGUCCUCUUCAACAUCUAGUGUGGACAAGAAGAAAAUCAACACCUCUCAGAGUGGGACCACGUCGUCGAAAAGAACCACGAGCAAAGAGGAAUUUUUAUCGCGAACAAGCUCUCCUUCGUCUAAAUCGCCGAGCAAACCCGGAACAUCAAGCCGGAAAAAUUCAAAAACCGCAAGCCGCACUACGGUACCAGGCCGCCAUGGCACUGGAGCCACUACAGCUGCGACGGGAGGUGCUGCUGCUGCACCCACUACCAGCAGUACAAGCAGUCCGACGAAGACCAACGCUUUUCUACCGGCGAAUCCCAUUCUGGUUUCUGCGUUCACGGAAGAAAUGUACGAGCCAGCGUUUUACGCAUUGCAAAUAUGUUUGGGUCUGGAGGGAUGCAAGGUUUGUCAUGCGCAGUUUGCAUGACUCCUGACGUCUGUGAUGCAUGCCCUAGCAUCGCAGAUUUUGUGAGGGCUUCCUCAUGCAUAUACCGCAUGAGAAAUAUUACCCGCUCUCCGUGGCAAACACUGGACCUCUUUUGCUGUUCAUGCAAUACAGAUUUUUGUAGUAUCCAAAUGCAGCAUCACAAGUUCGGAUCCUUCCAGACCCAGACAUAUUUGCACUGGAUACGUUUGUGCUUUCGGUGAACCACACACUGAAGUGGUUGAUUCUCUCUGUCUAUCAAAUGCAAAAAUGUCUGGGUCUGGAAUGUUGCCGGGUUUGUCAUGCAUAUUUUGCAUGACCCAGGAUAUCUGUAAUGCGCAACCUAGCAUCACAGAUUUUUAGAGGGCUUCCUGAUGUCUACUCCGCAUGACAAAUGCCCUCCCCGCGUAGCACCAACUAGACUCCUCUUGGUGGUCAUGCAAUACAGAUUUUUUUAGAGUCCAAAGUUAGCAUCACAAGUGCCAACCUUCCAGACCCAGACAUUUUUGCAGUUGAUACUGUGCGGGGGUCGAUGGCUUGGAAAGACGUCAUGACAGAUAUUGCGGCGGAGGAAGUCGAUUUCGCGGUCCGGUUCCCGAAGGCGGGGAGCGCCCUGUUUGGCGUGGACCCGUUGCAGGAAUUGACAAAGGCCCGGGACGAGGAGAAGAGACGAGCGCAAGAAGCAGAAGCGUUGAGGCGACGUGCGAGCUCGGGGGAAGCCGCGGGAGGACCUCACGAUCAGGAACCUGAUGUCGCUUCUGGUGCGUAUCCUGAGUAAAAACGUACCCACACCAGAGUUGUCAUGCAAAUGCGCAAUGACAGGAAUGGAACAUUUGUAAUGCGCAGCUCCAUGAGAUGCAUUACCAGUCGUGUUUUGGAAUUUGUAAUGCUAUAAACAGGAUGAGAAAGUGGCUUUCUAAUGCGGCUUCCCUUGUCAACCAGCACUACACUGCAGAGGGAAACUUGUCAUGCACAACUCCCAAAACUUGGAGAUUUGUGUUGCUAGAUUCCCAACUUGACUAUGGUGUGGGGACGUUUUUGCUUAGGAUAGUGCGGAUCCUCUAGUCACUUCCGACGAGCCGUCGGAGGUGCAGGUGGGCAAUGACGUCGUGAAGGUGAAAGCGAAUACUAAGGCGCGUUCGCUUUUUCCCGCACCGAAAAACAAGAGUGGAACUGCUAGUAGUACACCACCGAGGGUAGUAGAACAAGACGGCCCAACAUCUUCCAGACACGACAGCCUCGACGAUGCCAUCCUCGGUCCGCCGGCGAGCGAGCGAAAGGAAAGCUUACCCGAAAUCGACUACGUCGGCAACGAAUUUGUGGGCGCAAAAUCACCGAACAAAGAAGACUAUGACGAACGGGGGAGAGGAGUUCUACAGGGCGGACAGCUUUCGACGUUGUUUCAGCCGGAACCGAGAGCAGAAACGCCGACCAGCACAGGAGCUGCUGUUGUAGUGGCACCACCCUCCCGCGGCUCCUCCGCAAACAGCACCAGAUCUUCCGGUCAAUCCGUACAGAAGACUAGAAUCCCAAAACCCGAACGCAAAAUCCGGCCGCCGGAGGACGAAGCGAUAUACGGAGACGAAGGGUUAUUUGUUCCCUCGUCGCCCGAGGGAGAUCAUGCUGUAUACGGGCAACAUCAAUUGGGCACGACGAAAAACGGCUAUCCCGGAACAAGCAGCACGUCCUCAUCUUCGCGAGCUUAUUUGAAUAUCGAGAAGAAAACUGCAGGUAGAAAUCCUCACGAGCCUCUGCUGAUAGACCAGAGCGACGUCAAUUUUGCACCGCCUGGGAGUAGUUCCUCCCGUCCGAACAGUGGGAGUCCGGAACGGAAUCGGGAACGGCACCGGAGUAUCAAAUGCAAAUAUGUCUGGGUCUGGAAGAUUCUAAACUUGUAAUGCUGUCUCUGGAUUCUAAAAAAAUUUGUAUUGCAUGACCAGCAAAAGCACUCCAGUUUGUGCUACGCGGAAAGGGCAUUUGUCAUGCGGUAGAGGCAUCACAAAGUCCGCGAAAAAUCUGUGAUGCUAGGGCAUGCAUCACAGACAUCAUGGGUCAUUCAAAAUAUGCAUGACAAACCUGGCAAUCUUCCAGACCCAGACAUUUUUGCAGUUGAUACGGAGAAAGGAUAGUACUGAUAGUAAACCAAAAAAUUUGUCUUCGCUAGUACCCACGGCAGGUUCAACAACCGGCGAGGCGACGAGCACAGUUUCUUCUCGUACAAAGACAACUUCCACUGAAGAUGGACAACGACAAACACCAUCCGACGAAGACAACACGGAGGUUCGCGUUUUGUUCCGCACCCACAAAGGAUUCGUCAAGUCCGCGGAGUUUGUCUACGGUCGGAUCCGGUUUAUCCAAUGCAAAUAUGUCUUGGUCUGGAAGAGUGGAACUUGUCAUGCUAAAUCUGAACCAUGCAAAAAUCUGUGUUGCAUGAGUAGCAAAAGCUGUCCGCUUUUGACCAAGUUGAGAGGGAGUUUCUCAUGCAGGAUAGGCAUGAUAGAGACCACGCCACAGAAUCAGUCAUGCUGGGUACCGCAUUCCAGACCUCAUGGGUCAUGGAAUAAAACCUGCAUGACAAGUCUGGCAACCUUCCAGACCCAGACAUAUUUGCAGUUGAUCCGGUUCUGGGUGGAGCGCUUUUUGAAAAAGAACCCGGACUACAGAUUCGUCUUCACGGGACACUCCCUGGGAGCGGCAACCGUGGCUUUGGUGUACUGGAAAUUUCCCCAAAUCGAGAACAAGAGGCUGUUCCUUUUCGGGAGCCCCGCGAUUGCCUAUCAUGACGACGACGCAGAGCAGGGGGGAACAGUUGCGGGAAGAAGUCCGGGUCGUGCGGCGAAUGCAGCGAAAUACCCCGUGAUGGCUAUCGGAUGGGAAGGAAGUGCGAGUUGAGGGCGUGCGUGUUUUGAUUUUUUUAGAAGCGUUUAAUGUACUUAAUAUUUUCAAAAAAAACAAUGGGUGUGUGCACUGCGGGCGAGAUAUUACAGUUGCAUCGAUCUGACGACCGCCAGACCGUGUUAAUGUAUACAGUUAUCAAGCGACGCACUAUUUGCGCUGUACAUGACAAAUGUGCUGCGCUCGCGCCUAAAUUUUCCUACUCGAUAACAAACGACCCGCGCAUCUUGGGCGUCGUCCGCGGCAAGGACUUCGUGUCGGCCCUCAGCAUGGAAAGCUUUGACCGGUAUAGUUUUCAUUUUGAAAAACUUUUUUUCAUGCUGAUGCUGUUCCGGUUGACAAAGACAAAAUCAUUUCAUCUAUAGAAAGCACACCAAACCAUGCCGAGCCCGAGGACCAAGAUCUUUUUCCGUGUCAUGCUGAUUAUUACAUGCAAAGCAACAUCUGAUCUACUUCACCGCCAUGCACCCCUCAUCGCAAACUCAGCCUCGCGGACGAGAUUAGCGAAACCUCCUACUUUACCCAAGCGGUGGACUACAUCGGCACCCUCUUCGGGCAACAACGGAAGACCCACGACUACAGCAAGAUCCCGCGGCCCCCGGGGAAGUUCUGCCUCCACUUGCAAGUUCGCCCCAGUACGGCGGCGCCCACCUGUUUUUGGGUCCGAAACCACGGGGAGCACUACCGGCGAAUUUUGCUCGGCUUGCGCAUGUAUGAAAUGCAAAUGUGUCUGGGUCUGGGAGCAUUGAACUUGUAUAUGCAAGUCCGACAUUCCUGUAAAAUCUGUGUUGCAUCAUGACUAACAAAACUACGCCUCCUUUUGUCAUACAAAAGCGCAACUUCUCAUGCGGACUGCGGUUGAGAAAGUGUUCGGAAAACUUGUCAUGCUUGGCUGCACUUGGAAGGAUUUCAAUCAUGCACAUUUCAGCAUCACAAGUUUCCAGACCAAGACAUAUUUGCAGUUGAUAGCAUGAUCGACGACCACUUGCCGAAUCUGUACUUGGCGACUUUGUGCGACGUUUAUUUUCAUCGAUUUUUCGAUCGAAAUAACGUCUCCACGAUGGAGUAUCAGUUUUUGAAGAUGCUCAAGCGGAUUAGGUUCGACUACAUCCAGGCUUAUGAGGCAGCGAGGUGGAUAUAAUAAUACAGGUUUUUACUGGACGACAAAUCAAAAUUUCACAACAACUCCCAGGAGAAAAUAUUAAAU